AAGAAAAAUAGGAGAUAAUGAAAAGGAAGAGGCUCUUAUUCUUUGUAAUCUCAAACAACACACCUUCAGCCACGGAAUGGGGAGACAUGACUUUGACUGCAGCUCUUUCAUGUUCUCUCGCCGCUGCUUCUCUUUCUUCCGCCGCCGGAUUCCGCCCCAACAAAUGCAUCCCCUCCAAGAUUUUCCAUUCAUUUUCCUUCCAUCAUCACCACUACCACUCUUUCUUAUUGCGAGUUUCCAAUGACGCUGAUAGGAAUGAAGUGUCAUCUGAUAUCGCAACAAAGACACCAUAUUCAGAAGCUGAUAAGAUGGUUGAUGGUAUGGACUUUGGUGAGCUCUGCAAUGAGUUUGAGUGCAUCAGCAGUCCCUUGGUAGAAUCCACUGCAAGACAACUUGCGCGCGAUAUACUUGAGCUAAGGGAGGGAAAUCGAGCACUUGGAGUCUUUUCUGUUUCCGUCACAUACAAGGAUCCUAUCAGGAGUUUUACUGGUCGUGAGAAGUAUAAAAGAAGACUAUGGGCAACUGGUGCACUAGAGAACCCAUCUGUGACUGUGCAAGAAAUGGUGAUGCUGUCAACCAGUGUUUUAAGUAUUAAGUGGACAGUGAGAGGGAGGCCAAAAUCUGUUGUUGGUGGGGUAGGAGGAGAACUGAUACUUAGAGUUACUUCCAAAUUUACUCUUAACCAAAUUAGUGGUCAAGUCAUUGAGCAUGAAGAGUUUUGGGACCUAUCAGCUUCAUCUGCAAGUGCUCAGGCAUUUUUCUGGACAUCACGGGCUUUGUUUGCUACUAUUGAAUCUGUCAAAGACUUGACUGACAGUGCUAAAAAUUUUAGUGGUAAAAUUUCAAACAAAAAAGAGAACUUGGAGAUGUAUCCAGAUCCUUCAGGUGAUCCAACCAAGUUCUUUCAAAGGGACGAUGGUUUUCAACAGGAUGCAUACCAGAUUGCAUUACUCCUGGCAGUUCUCUAUUUAGUGGUACAGUUUCUAAGGACAACUUUGUAAAGCUAGCCUACCUUGUUAUGAACUGAACUUGUACCUUUGUUCUCCAAAAUUUAUCAUUAUAAAGUGUAAUUACCAGCUUAUAAGCAUGAUAUUGUUUUGUCAAAGUUAUAAGCAAAUAUUCUCACUGUGUGAGUGUGACUAUAAACUCAGGUUUUUCCUUGA